AAAAGAAGAAAAAAAAAGAAGGAGAAAAAUAAUAAAUAUCGAAUAAUCCGUUUUAUCUGUAGGACAUUUUGUAGAGGGUAAAAAGUAUAACGGUAUUAGGCGAUAAAGCGUUUCCUGAAAAAUAAAAUUACCUGAAAGGAUAAAGCUCGGUGGUAAGAUGGUUCUUGAAGAAUUCCAAGGAGAAAAGACGAUAAGAGCGUGCAAGCGCGGAAUUCCGGGGAGAUCAAGGUGUUUUCACGACGAGAGCUUUCUCCUUAUUCAAUUUCGGCAUUAACCCACGUAUCCAUGUAUGCGGCAGCGAGUAGAAAUUCCGCAAGAUGUCGAGACUUCAUCCUGAUUAAAUUCUCUGAUUUAUUAUCGACACUAUGAAUCUUGGAAUCGCGAGAAAGUGCACUCAUUUGCAUAAUGGAACCGUAUCUCGUAAAAGAAUGCUGAUUCGGUCGAACGACGAAUAUAGAUUCUUUUUCUUCUACGCCUCAAUGAGAAUAUAUUUUUCCUUAUUUUUUUCUUUUCUAUUCAAAACGCGACACGGUUAUCCUUCGAUAGACCCAGAGAAGAAAUCGAAAGCGCGUUGGCAGCGCGAAUUUGACCAAUAUUGUUUGGAAUUUCGAGUUUAGGCGUUAUCUCUCUCGACGUAUCUUUCGAACGAGGCGCCGGUGAAAGCGUCGACUCUAUGCGUAGAAAGGAGAGAGAGAGCGUAUGUGUGUGUUUGUAAGUGUGAUAGAGAGAGAGAAGGACGACGUCCUCGUUGCCAUGGCGACUCCCGACGAGUUCCGGACAAUCCUGGAAAGGUCCGCGAGCGCUGCUAAAUGCCCUAAAUAAUACAACUUCGUCGUCGACUUGCUCCUUCUGGCGCCUCCGUUUUAACCUUUUCCCUCUAUUUUUGGAUUAUCCUUGACGACCUUUAUCCCUCCUCCUCGGGUCCUCCUUCCAGCGAUUUGAACUACUCCAUACAAAUACCUUAUAUGAAACAUUCUGCGUGAUAAUAAAGAACGAAUGAGAGAAGAGAGAAACUCGAGUGGUCUCUGAGGAAACGUAUUUGAAAGGCGGGAAGUAUUAGAUGCUUAUUCCUUUUUAUUUUUUUUCUUUCCAAUAUUUUCGAGCGGCAGGUAAGUACUUUGGUAAUUCGUAAAGGAACGUCGAAGAGCUUUGGCGCGAUUCAUUGGAUCCGAAAUGCGAUCGCAUUACGAUCGAAUGGGAAGCUUUACUUGCGCGUUAAUCCGUUCAAAUUAAGUUGAAGCAGCGCAGUCACUUACAACGCUAUCCGCAUAUUUUGUGAUCCCCUCGAAGAGGCUUUGCGCGAACUGAAGUGGUCAGCGAUCGUCCAUUCUCUCUCUGUCUCUCUCUCUCUCUCUCUCUCUCGGUACGAUUUAUUUUGAAUCAAUUUCGAUGUCGAUUUAUAAGCCAUGAAAAAAAAAUAUGUAGCAUCCAAAGCGAAAUAGCCGUCGCGGUUCGUGUACGGCGAACGGAGCGUAAUAAACGGAGAACGAAUAAAUGCGUAAUAAUCGAGGAAGAGAUAUUAACGAGGAGGGACAUUUUUGGCGAAUGAUUCGCAGAACCUCGAGGACAAAUUCAAUUUGUUUGUAAUUCCAAGUAGAAAGUUGGAAAGCGCCACGCGUGGCAUGGAACGACAUGGUGGGACGAGAGAUGCCGAGCGUCGAUAAUCUCUUUAGUACGUGUAAACUCGUGUACGUCCCACACUCAAACGAUCCAUUAGCGUGUCGGUAGGUGUUCUAAUAAAUGUAUGGCGCGAAACGGAAUAAACAGGCUUCGCGUUUACUCGCGAUAACCGCGAUCGAUCGAUCGAGAGAGAAAUAUCAAAGUCUCCGGUAUUAAUCUUACUUCUCAGGAAAUUCUCUCGGUCGCAUUAGGAGAAUCUUCUUUUUCUUACGUAUUAUAGUUGAGACGACUAUAUCCAAAACGAAUCUAUCGACUUCUCUACGGACCGUCGAUUCGAAGUCCGAUUCGAUCUCGACGCUCGAAAGACGUUUGAGAUUUCUUUGAAAACUUUGCGAAAGCGACCACGCACUAGAACCGGUACGCUAACAAUAGAAGAAAUUUAAAAGGCGUGCGCGCGUUGAGAAAUGGAAGUAGAGUAAAAAUGUGGAUCGUAAUAAUAAAAGCGGGUCGUUUCGUUGCCUUCCGACCGAGCAUGCACGUUCGUCUUCUGCGAUUUGAGAAAUAUGCUUCUCUGAAAAAUGGUUAUCUUUUUCUUCCACUAUGCCUCCACGUUUCUCGACGACAAGACGCAACGUACCCGCGAUUAUUAUAUCUCUUAUUUGGUUUUCUCGCGUAGAACGCCAAGCUUGCACUUACGAGAGCGAGGAGAGUGGGAGGGGGUGACAGUCAUAAAUUCUGCACCGUUCUUUGUCGCGUCCUCUCGUAACUUGUACAUCGUCCGUAGUUUAACAGAAAAGCGACUCUCCUGGUGAUUCUUUUGAAAUUUCUAUGCAUAAGUCGAAUGACUUUAAGAGUCAUCCGACAUGUUUGACGGAUAAAUGGACGUAAAGUGGACGUAAAGUGGACACGAAGUGGACAUAAAGCUGAAAGCAACAAAUUCUUUUAUAAAAUCUUGAUAUUCUUCUAACGCUUAUCGGACGUCGUGAAAAGAGAAAUUUUGAUCGAUUAUACGCGACUAAAUACGUCGAUGGCUAGCGAUGCUCUCUCUCUCUCUCUCUCUCUCUCUGUCUGUCUGUCUCUCUGUUUCCUUCUUUUUUCCUUCCGAUAGGAUUUUUUUUACAAGAUCGUUAAGACGUUAGCCAAUACGAUUCGAAUGAAGUCAGUAUCGACGUUCAAUUCCAAGGGUGCCGAGACGAUUGUUAACGAUCAUAGUCAUACACAGUAGCUGUCGGUCGUAUCAAAGGGCCGAAGGGAGCAGGAGAAAGCGAGAAUGAAGAGACGCGGUAACAAUCGAAGCUCUCGGUCGGUGCCACGAGGAAAAACUCGAUACUCCGGUGUUUUACGCUUGACUUCUUUGCACGUUCGUCCUCGUAUUUUCCAUUGACCAAUACACUUUUCCUGUGAAAUGUUUCGUUUCUAUGAAACGUAUGCACGUACGAGAGAGAGAGAGAGAGAGAGAGAGAGAGAGAGAGAGGGAGAGAGAGAAAGAGAUUUCGUUUUAUUUUUGUAUUCAGUUUACACGUGAAGAGGAUCGCGUAGGUCGUCCGAGCACGAAAUCUAGCGCGCUUCGCCGAAGGAGCGGUAGACGCGCGAGACACUUGUUGCACGUUGCACGGCUGCUAAGAAGAGGGAGGGAGAGUGGCUUGGAGGGUAUUGCGAAAAAAAUCCAAAGUCGGUGAGAGAGAGAGAGAGAGGGAGAUAGGGGAGAUAAAAAUAGAAAGAGAUAGGAAGAGAGAGAGAGAGAGAGAGAGAGAGAGAGAGAGAGAGAUAAAGAGAGAGAGAGAGAACGGAAGAGAUGUCGAUCAAUCGCUCGAAUCCGUCCUCCCGUCGAGCUUCCCUUCUCGAAUCGUCGAAGGAGAAAUCGUACGUUUUUGGUCAUCCUUGAGGAAGAAAAUCGUAUUAUCAAAAUUCGAUCUCGAAGGAGAUAUCUUCGGUGAUCUCUUCGGCGAUCGAUCGUUCGGGUAAAGCGGUAGAAGACUAUCGAAGGGUCUUGUACAAGGAUGAACGGCAGAAACGCGACGAGGCGAUACGGCCGGUGACAGCGGUGGUGACGAGGCAUCGGCCGGCAGCCAUUCUGGAGACGAAAGAAAGGAUCUUUGGGGGGAUCGCGUCCUCGUCGGAGCCGUCCUAUUUGGCCGGUCGUUUCGUUGGGAGGAAUAAGAGAAGAGAAGCGGAGGAAAGCUGGAUCACCUGCGUGGAAUGUCUUCGGGCGCCAAGCGACUGGUGCAGUCGCUUAGGGGCCGAACCGGUGGUGGUGGUAGAAGCACCGGCGGAGGAGGCAGCACUCGUUCGGAUGGCAUCGUCGGUGAGAGUAACGUCGUUGGGUCCGCCGGUUCUAGCACCAGCGCGACCAGAUUGUGCCACUACGACAGCGGCCACGAACUCGACGAGAUCUCCGUCGUCGGCGGUAGCGUCGCCGUCGCCGGCGGCGUUGUCAUCGGACCUCUUCCCACUCCCACCACACCUUGCCAUUGCACCGCUCACAAAUAUGGCAGCGGACAGACCCUUUACAGCAUAGCCGGUCUCCCUCCCGCCCCCGCCGCACCCGCUCACAGAGCUCACUCCGGCGGUAUCGCAUCGACGGCCGGCGGAGCGAUCGACCGUCUAAGUUGCGGUUCCGUGUCCGCGUUAGGGUACGACGUCGUCGAUAAACACAGAGACGGUGGUAUCGUUGAGACACCUGGAGGAAGAAGAGGAGGAAGAUCGGUGCUCGCGAGAGAGAGGGAGGAUGACACGAAGAGCGCGAAGAGCGCGGAGAGCGUCUCCAGGGGCGUUCUACACUCGAGACAAAGCCUCCUGGAUCUUGUUAGCAGCAAAUUCAUGGGCCGACACACACCGACUCACCACUACUAUCAACAACAGGUUCAGCAGGUAUACUCUGUGUCGCAGCGAUACUUUGGCUCGUCGCGCGACUCGCUUCAGGGAGCUUACGUGAACCGCGGAGCGAGCGAAUUGGAUCUCAGUCGCAAACCGAGGAGGAGGGACCAGCAGAGGAGUAGGAUAAAGUUGCCGUACGCGGUCGGCGCGACCCCGUCGCGCGAUCACUCGCAUCUUCAUACGCCGGCCUCCAUCAACCAUCUCAGUAACGCCAGCUGCAACGGCACCGAAACGAGGUAUACGGCCCAGCAGCAGCAACAACAACGCGGUAGCAGAGGUUUUCCCGGUCAAGCUGGAACGAAAGGUUUCCGUACGGGAGCGCCGAACUGGUCCUUCAUCUUUGAUCCCGCGGGACGACUUUGUUAUUAUUGGUCGAUGGUGGUCUCUCUCGCCUUUCUUUACAACUUUUGGGUCAUCAUCUAUAGGUUUGCCUUCCAGGAGAUCAACGGCGAAACGUAUUGGGUUUGGUUCUGCCUGGACUAUUUCUCGGAUUUUUUAUACGUCCUGGAUAUAAUCUUUCAUAUUCGAACGGGAUAUUUGGAGGACGGCGUUUUACAAACCGACGCCACGAAACUUCGGAAUCAUUACACGAACAGCACUACAUUUUACAUAGACAUUCUGUGCCUGCUGCCCCUCGACUUUUUAUACUUAUCUAUAGGAUUCAACAGUAUGCUGCGAAGUUUUAGACUCGUUAAAAUUUACCGGUUCUGGGCGUUCAUGGACAGGACCGAGCGACAUACGAACUAUCCCAAUUUAUUUCGUUCCACCUCCUUGAUACAUUAUUUGCUGGUGAUCUUUCACUGGAACGGGUGCCUCUAUCACAUUAUUUAUAAGAACAACGGUUUCGGCAGUAAGAAUUGGGUCUUCAACGACUCCGAAACCGCGGACGUUGUGAAGCAGUAUCUACAAAGUUACUAUUGGUGCACCUUGGCACUGACCACCAUCGGCGAUUUACCCAGGCCAAGAAGCAAGGGCGAGUAUCUCUUCGUAAUAGCUCAGCUCCUUUUUGGUCUGCUCCUAUUCGCCACGGUACUGGGACACGUGGCGAACAUCGUAACUUCGGUCAGCGCGGCACGAAAAGAAUUUCAAGCUAAAUUGGACGGUGUGAAAACUUAUAUGCGAAUGAGACGAGUACCGAAUCAUCUCCAGGUUAAAGUGAUCAAAUGGUUCGAUUAUCUCUGGUUGACGCAAAAAUGUUCGGACGAGGAGAAGGCCGUCAGCUGUCUUCCCGAUAAGUUAAAGGCCGAAAUCGCGAUAAAUGUACAUUUGGAAACGCUGAGAAGAGUGGAAAUAUUUCAGAACACAGAAGCUGGUUUUCUAUGCGAAUUGGUGCUUAGACUGCGGCCCGUUCUUUUCUCACCUGGUGACUACAUUUGUCGAAAAGGUGAGGUAGGAAAGGAGAUGUACAUAGUGAACAGAGGUCGGCUCCAGGUUGUGGCCGACGACGGGAAGACGGUCCUCGCCACCCUUAAGGCGGGUUCCUACUUCGGGGAGAUCAGCAUUCUCAAUAUGGGGACUGCAGGUAAAGAGUGCGGUAAUCGACGAACAGCGAGCGUGCGGUCGGUCGGCUACUCGGACCUCUUCGUUCUCAGUAAAAAGGACAUGUGGGACGUCCUCAAGGAAUAUCCAGCUGCCAGAGUACGACUGGAGUCCAUUGCGGUCAAAAGACUGGAAAAAUACAAGAGAGCGCCGCUCAAGAAGGUGGCUAUGAGCAGAUGCCAGAGUACGCCAGGGUUGGUGGAAUCCCACGCACGAGUACCGCUGGAGGACAUGCUGGUGUCACCGUUAGACGAGAAAUUAAGAGGUUACGCCGUGGGCGCUGGAACUCGUUCGCUGUUUACGCCGAGCUCGAGCCCCGUACUGACGCGUACCACCGUUGGUGUUGCCGGCGUCGCUACGAGCAUCGCGACCGGUCCUAUUCUACCCGGUAACAACGUAAACGUCAACGUCAACGUCAACAACGUCGCCAGCCGAAGUAUGGACAGUCCGAUGAGCGCCACCAGCAGCGGACAGAGCAGCGAGGAUCCGACUGCCAGGAUGCCUCGAUCGGUCGCGACUCAACCCUCCACCGGAAGGCAAUCCACUCAUUCCGGUAUGACGUGCAACAGCAUGACCCAAUUAAUGAGCGAGGGCGCGACACCGCUCCUCGACACGCACGAGGCUCUUUUGGCGGAGAUCAAGCGGCUUAAGGAGCGUCAGAUAUGCUUGGAAACGGAAAACGCGACGCUCAGCGCCAAGUUGAAUCAACAACAGUGGGAGGUCGAGCAGCGUUUGGCAGAGAUCGAGCUGCAAAUUUGCGGAGCGAGUUCUACGUCGAGCGUCGAGGACAACAACGAACGUAAUCGCGAGAGCAUCAUUUAA